AUGCGUGUCUCUCCAUCGUCCCAGGCUGUAAUCCUCAGCCUCGCCUUGCCUCUCCUCGCAGCUGCCGCCAAUGAUCCGGGCUACCGUGCUUCCCUACCCUUCCGCCCUGAGAACGUGACACUUCUUCACGACCCGUAUUACUGGGUGGGAUCGUAUUACAAUGGGACAACCGAGUUAGAAUUGAUGCCCUACACGGGCUUAGCAGCGAAAUGCAGCACCCAAUGCCCGUUGCUCGCCAAUACCACGACCACCGUACAAUAUGACACGAUCCUCGCUCUGACUGAGCCAAGCAAAUACAAGAACGCCAAUGAUCCCAUGAAUGCCUUUCUCCUGCGCUGGGAUACUGGCUUUGACUUUUCUUCGAUCACUACCUUGGACUGGCCACUCCAAGAGCUCCCCUCCUUACAAUGA